GUUGUAAAUCGGUGCGUAGCCCUGGUCAGCUGGCAGCUAGCGUGCAGUAAACUUGACAAUAAACUAACAAUUGUUUAAUCAAAAACAAAAGAAAAUGCAUCAAAACCGAGACGACACUUAGUUGUUUGAGCUGCUUUCUUGGAUUACCGCUGCUCACUGAAUUUUCUAGAGCAGGACAGCUCUAAAGAUUUGAACACAGCUGGAAGGGAAGUUUCCAUUCAAACAAAAUGUCGACGGGAUUAAAGUGUCGCAAUUGCGGAUCCAACGAGAUCGAGGAGGACAAUGCUCGGGGAGAUCGAGUGUGCAUGAACUGCGGUUCUGUGCUGGAGGAUUCGCUCAUCGUCUCUGAGGUGCAGUUCGAGGAGGUGGGCCAUGGCGCCGCAGCCAUUGGACAGUUUGUGUCUGCCGAAUCGUCGGGUGGGGCCACCAACUACGGCUACGGCAAGUUCCAAGUGGGCUCGGGCACAGAAUCCCGCGAGGUGACCAUAAAAAAGGCCAAGAAGGACAUCACUCUGCUCUGCCAGCAGCUGCAGCUCUCUCAGCACUACGCCGAUACGGCACUCAACUUCUUUAAGAUGGCGCUCAGUCGUCACCUCACCCGUGGUCGCAAGAGCACACACAUCUACGCUGCCUGCGUGUACAUGACCUGCCGCACGGAGGGCACCUCACAUCUCCUCAUUGACAUCAGCGAUGUGCAGCAGAUCUGCUCGUAUGAGCUGGGACGCACCUAUCUGAAGUUGUCACACGCCUUGUGCAUCAAUAUACCGUCUGUGGAUCCCUGCCUGUACAUUAUGCGAUUUGCGAAUCGCCUGCAGCUGGGCGCCAAGACCCAUGAGGUGUCCAUGACGGCCCUGAGGAUUGUGCAACGCAUGAAAAAGGAUUGCAUGCACUCGGGACGACGACCCACUGGACUCUGUGGCGCAGCUCUGCUGAUUGCCGCACGCAUGCACGACUUCAGCCGCACCAUGGUGGAUGUGAUUGGCGUGGUCAAGAUUCAUGAGUCGACGCUGCGCAAGCGAUUGUCGGAGUUCGCCGAAACGCCGUCGGGCGGUCUAACGCUGGAGGAGUUUAUGACGGUGGACCUCGAGCGAGAACAGGAUCCGCCUUCCUUCAGAGCGGCACGAAAAAAGGAUCGUGAGAGGAUCAAAGAUAUGGGCGAGCAUGAGCUGACGGAACUGCAGAAGGAAAUUGAUGCGCAUCUGGAAAAGGAUCUCGGAAAAUACUCGAGCAGCGUGUUCCGUCAACUGACCAAAAUCAAGGGCGACACAUCCUUUGGCUCGGAGCCGGGCACGCCCAAAAGUGUCUGCGAGAACGACAUAGAGAUGGAGGACUCCAGGCAGUUCAUUGAUCAGUCGAAUGCAGCCAUCAUCAAGGACCUGAUCGAGCACAAUGAGGAUGUAAAGAAGACGGAACCUGGGAGCCUAAUGGCAGGCAUUGAGGGACUGCGGCCCGAUAUCGAAGCCAUUUGUCGGGUGACCCAAAGCGAACUGGAGGAUGUGGAGCGGGCCAAGCAGCCAAUGGAAACGGAACUCGUCAUCGAUGAUCUGAACGAUGAUGAGCUGGACCAGUAUGUGCUGACCGAGGAGGAGGCGGUGACCAAGCUGGAAAUGUGGAAGAACAUGAAUGCGGAGUAUCUGCAGGAGCAGAAGGAGCGUGACGAGCGACUGGCCAAGGAGCGGGAGGAGGGCAAGCCGGAGAGAAAAAAGCGAAAGCCGCGCAAGAAGAUCAUCGGUCCAUCGUCAACCGCUGGCGAGGCCAUCGAAAAGAUGCUUCAGGAGAAGAAAAUCUCAAGCAAAAUCAACUAUGACAUCCUCAAGACCCUCACAGACAGCAUUGCCGGACUGACGGGCCAAUCUCCAGCAUCCAGUGUGGACACCAAGCCCACCACCUUGGAGGAAUUGCAGCAGCAGCCUGUCAUUGUGGAAGAGGGUCCCAUUGCACCCAAGGGCAGUCGGUCCAAGCCAGCCUACGAUUUGCCUGGACCCAGCCGGAAACGGCCCAAGCUCGAGGCAGGUCUGCCCAUAAGCCAAGCGCCCGAGCUGGAGGUGGAGCAGCCAGACACCAAGCCCACACUGGAACAAGAAUCAAUGAUUGAUGAUGACGAUGCCGAGGUGGACGAGGCUGAGCCGGAGCCCGAGGCCGAGCCAGAGGCCUCGCUGCAGGAUAUGCUCUACAAGGGCGCCGACGACGAUGACGAUGAGUUUGGCUAUGGCUUUGAGGAGGAGGAUUACUAGACUUAAGUUCGCAUUUAGCCCCUUCAGCGUUUGCUAGACAUUAAGUAACGAUACACACAGAUUUUUAUAGUACGCGUCUUACUAAUCAUAAUACAAUUAAAUUAAUCCUAAAGUACUACGUCAGCUCCUACGCUCCUUCGCUCCUCUUUUCCUCUGCCCUGCACUUGUUGCAGUUGCGCUAUUUCUGCUUCUUUGGCGAGCUGGCAGCCAUUAAAUCAUCGCUGCCCCAUGACUCGUGCCCUGCGGCCCUAGCGCAGCCAUUUACAUGUUCAAGCCAUGUCGGGAGUCCGGGUGGCCGAGUGGAUGGGCGGCAGGACGGCAGGGCAGCAGGAGGGUUAGUAGUAGUUUGCUUCUAAUUGUUGGCGCUGCCGUGGCGCGCCUCCAAGUGCUGCAAAUAAAUAUUUCACUCUUAAUCAUGUUUUGCACUUUGUUUUGCUUGCCUUUCUCCGGUUUUCUGCUCCUGCACGGCACUGCAGGCGGCCUGAGUCUUGCUACGGCAGCAAAGGCAGGCCAGGCCAGGCCAGGAACUUGGCUCGACUCCACGGCCUGGGCGGCUUGUUGAGUGGCAAGUGCCCGGCAAUGAGCUGUUGAGUCUACUGCCGAGCACUUGUCUUUGCGAUUUUAUAGUUAUUAUGUUGUAAUUAGUGUUAAUUUACUUGCCUCCGCCCCUUCACAGGCACUCUCGCACUCUCACUCGCUCUUAGCUCUUAGCCCCAGCGAGGCAGCCAUAAAGUGUUGCACAGUUUUGGGCUUUAAACUUUCCUGCCCCCAAAAAGGUCAGCCGAAAACGGGGGGCUGAAUCAAACUGAAGUUAACUGCACUUAAUGUCCGUUCGCUAAUUUGCAUAAGCCCACAGCCUGGGGGGAUAGUUAUUAAUAAAAUGCACACGAACCACUCGACAAUCCGGAUGGCUGCGGCUGCGGCUGUGCUCUGUGGAUGUGGGUGUUGCCCUGUCCCAGUUCCCUACUCGGGGACAGGCUUAGAGCAGGCCCAACUGGAAAUAAUAAUGUGAAAUGUAUGCACAUGUAAAUCCCCGAAGCAAAUGUGACAGUAAAACGGCAAUUAGUAGACAACUUGACUUGACUGGCGCUGGCCCUGGCCCUUGGAAGUUUCCUGUCCUCGGUCUGGCCAAUGGUCGGUCAGUGGUGCAACUAAUUUAUGCAGUGCAAGGGCGGAACUGGUCCUGCGCCUGUGUCUGAGCCUGAAGGUUGAGUUCGAGUUCAGUUUCAGUAUGAGUAUGUGGGAGGGGCACUGGCAAUCGCGGGUUGCACUUUUGAUGUGAAUAAUCUCUGAAUUAAGCACAAUUAAUCCGUUGUGAUUUCAUUUUAACACUUUUGUGUUUUCGCCAAUGAUUUUUUUAUAUGUUUGCCGGCCUGUCAAGGUCCAUCAGUCGUGUCAUGGGAGUUGAGUUGGAAAAUUGUGAAAUCUAUUU